AUGAUCUUGAAUAAUCGAAGUAUAGAAACGCAUGUUGAGGUACGAGGCUUUUACAAGAAGGCAUAUGAGAUGCCCGAAUUGGAAGUCCUAGAACAGCAACGUCAGCGCGACGAGUUGAUCAACACCAUGAACGAUGCAGAGAAGAAUGAACUUGGGCAGCUCAUAGAACGCAUUUCGAAAAAGGUGGAUGAGGACCCGGUGCUCUCAGCCCAUCGUUAUUUCCACUCACCUCAGAGGGUCAUCGACGACAUGAGGAGAAGUCAUGCUAACAAUUGA